AUGUGGGGCGGUGGUUUCAAUCCUUAUGGAGGUUCAGAAAUGAGAUCUGACAUGUGGAUUCAACAAAAUGUUCCCGGCGGAUUAAAUAGUGGCAUGGGUGAAUAUCUUGACAAUAGAAUGGGUGGAAAUCCAAAUCCAACAUGGGGUCAAGCUUAUGGAGGUUACCCUGGAGUUGGAGGUUAUGGUGCUGGAUAUGGUUAUUCAUACGGAGGAUAUUAA